GUGAUAGCACACGGCGAUUCGGUACCCGACACUGGAUACCACCAGGGACAAUUUUUUUCUUCCUAGCCCUUCGGUUCCCACUUAUAGUAUAUUAAGUUCCUCAAACUCCUCUUAAACCCAACUUCACCCUGACAUCGUCGCUGUCGACAAUAAGACCUCCUUUUGUACCCAACAUUACUUGUUUUUCUUAUUCACUCAUGUUUGUUUUGGCCGUGCACUAUUAACCGGGUCUUUGUUCUGUCCAGCAACGAGAAAAUUUCUCGUCUGGCUAACCGUGCCAGUAUCGAAAUUGGCCCUUGACCUUAGUUCCCUCAGACGAUAGGCCCUGGCAUCGUCACCCUGCCUUUAUUCCCUGCCAAGGCCCAAAACAAAUUCUGGUUACUACAAAUAAAUCAGCCUGAUUCAACUCCUGAGAUCGAAAUCCACUUGCGCCAACCGAGUACUUUAUCGCGAAGCCUCCUCUAUCGAAUCUUAGCCGGCUUCUCAUAUAUUUCAAUUGCCUUCAAUCCUGUUGGCAUCCCCGAGCAGCCGCUUCAUCUACGCUAUCAUCCAGUAUCGGCGUCUCGCCAUUAUCCCAUAACAGUUUUCAAGUUGGCUCAACUCGCCUUCUCAAACGUUUCCCUCCCUUCGCUCUUCGGUCCCAGCUUCUGGGUCUACAGCGGAGUAAACAAGAAGCCCCCGUAACUGGUCUUUAGAUCGCAUUACCCAUUAUUCGUCUUGAGCCAGUACAUAUUUACUCUUAACAACCAGCAGCCAUUGGCGACAACCGCCGAGCAGAGCUCAGUUUUGAACAAACACCAACUCGGCGCGCCCAUGCCGCGCCGGGUGCGACGUCUAUAAACGCCUAUAUCAGACGACCCUAAUUGGAACAACAACAAGCUAUGGGAUUCUAAUACCGAGUCCGUAAUACACCUUCCGCCCUCCUCGAGACAUAUCCAUCUAUUCUACACGGCCAUCGUUAGAGCCAAUAUAGUCAAUAUCAAGCUACAAACCUAGCUGAACACCAAGAUGUCAGACCACGAAGAAUCCGCUGCCCAGUCUGGGUACGAUACUCCCGUCCCGGAGCUCGAUGAUCACCGCCACCAGUCGGGUUCAACGCGAGUUGAGCGCCCUCGCCGUGGCACAUUCGACAGUCUGUAUGGUGCCCGACAGCUCGAACCUGAGCCCCCCGCCCCUCCUGCGAUUGUAGUUCGCGAUUUCGAGGAGGCCAUCAUCGAUGAGGAAGUAGGUGACCUUUCACCCACUGCUCGUCGCAGUCGCCGACCUACUGUGGAUUCCACGGAUCGAUCUGUCUCGCCACCUAACUCGGUCAAGGCGUUUGCCCAGGCUCGCCGUCGAGAGCGGGACAUGUCGUUCUCGGAACCCAACAAGCCUGAUAUCGAAGAUGUAGCCAGUCGAGCCAUGUCUAUCUCAAGCAAGCGCAGCUACCGAAGCAAGCCUCGCACCAUCGACAAUGAUGCUGCUAGCCUCUCAACCAACACAACUGCAGAGGAGGAUGUCUGCUUCCCUGUCAAGGAGAGCUAUCACAAGGACCACCUGUAUAUUGACUUUGACUACCUUGAGAACUUCAUCAAUGAGCAGGCAGCUGAACGCGCCGCAGAGCGAGCGGCAGAGCGCAACGCAGCCGCUGCCGAGAAGCAGAGCUUUGAGGAUAUGCGAACUCAGCAGAAUGAAUCCCGCCUUCAGCGGAUGGUCACUGUUGAUGGUGAUAUCCUGGAACCGGUCUCGGAUGACUCAAUGACCCGUGAGAAGACGAACCAGACAGCGCAGACUCAUGCCGAGGGGUCAGUUGCUGAAAAGCAGCCUGCGCCUAUCGACCCUAACCGGUUCAGCUUCUUCUCUUCGGCAUGGGAGUCAACUAUCCACGCAGCCGAUUUUGGUGAUCUGGUUCUCCCAGGAGAAGAUCUUCGAGGCCUUUUCGAGCUUCCUGAUGAAGACGAAGAUGGUGUCUGGUGGCUCAACGUCAAUGCGGCUUCCAAGGAGGAGGUUCAGAGCAUCUGCAAAGCUUUUGGAAUCCAUCCCCUGACAAUUGAGGAUAUCAUCACUCAGGAAGCUCGCGAGAAGAUUGAACUCUUCCCGUCGUACUACUUUGCCUGUUUCCGUUCUUUCUCAGUCGUUCAGGAGCCUGAUGGCAUUGAGUAUGAGCCUUUCAACACCUAUGUCAUCGUGUUCCGCGAGGGCACACUGAGCUUCAGCUUUGAGCCCAACUCGCACGCGGCCCAAGUUCGUAAGCGAAUCACUGCUCUCAAGGAUUAUGUCUCUCUCAGCAGCGACUGGAUCUGCUAUGCUUUGAUUGACGACAUUGUUGAUUCCUUCGGACCUGUCAUUCGCCAGAUUGAGCUUGAAGCGGAUGCUAUUGAAGACGAAGUGUUCGUCAUGCGUGAGGAUGAUUCUAACUCAUUCCUCCGUCGCAUUGGCCGGGUUCGCAAGAAUUGUCUGGCUCUGCUUCGCCUGCUCGGUGGCAAAGCAGAUGUUCUCCGUGGUUUCACGAAGCGAUGCAAUGAGAACUACAAGGUCACGCCAAGGAUGGACAUCGGCAUGUAUCUUGGCGACAUCCAGGAUCACGUUGUGACCAUGGCCACCAAUUUGGGACACUUUGAAAAGAUUCUAUCUCGCGCACACAGCAAUUAUCUUGCUACGGUUUCCAUCAACAGCAUCGCGCAAGGAACGCACACCAACGAGGUUCUGAGCAAAAUCACUUUCUUGGCCUCGAUCCUGGUCCCCCUUAACUUGGUCAGUGGUGUGUUUGGAAUGAACGUGCCAGUUCCGUUCGCAACCGUUGCCGCAAACAACUUGGCUCCUUUCUUCAGUAUCAUUAGUUUCAUGGUUUUCCUGUGCAUCAUUUUCAUGGCCUUGGCCCGCUGGAAGCGUUACAUCUAGCGAAGGCGAUGCAUGUGGAUGUUAGAUGCACAUGUUGGUUCUGAGAACCCUGUCGGUCGUUACCAUUGUUUCUUUUCCAGUAUAGAAGGGUGUUACUCGGCGGCAUAUUCUGGCUAGAGUUGUUAUGUGAGAAUUGUUUUAGAGCGGUACUAUGACUACUUGUUGGUAUUUAUAAAUUAGACACUGUUAUAGAGAGCUUCAUGGCGCUGGAUCGUCUGUCUUGAGCUGUAUGUGGUGGUGAAAGGACUCUCAGUAUGCCUAGUAAUUGUAAUGCAUCGGCUUAUAACUGUUUCUUUGAGUAAUUUACACGACAGGCAGUAACUAUCAUACAAAUCAAACCUG